CGACUGUUAGCUGUGUCGAGUAAAUUUUAAAAACGAUGUAGCCCCGUUGCUUGCCGACUUUUUGAAAAUUAUAAUUAAAUAUUAAAUGGAGGUUAGCGCGUUGCGACUACAUUAGCGAUGAAAGCUCUUUUCGUGUCAACUACCCGUUAUUAACGCGAGCUUUUACGACACUCGGGUAAGAUUUACGACUUUAAGCAGCUGUGGCGAGGAAGGUAAACAAAUCCUCUCCCGUCAUCGCGUUGCAAGUUUGAAGACACCAAAGAGCUACAAAAUACAAUCGACGCAACAGGAACGGCCGAACGAGUCAUUUCCAAAACAUGAGAAUGCUGCUUCAACGUCGAGCUCUUGUGUCACUCGGCCUACGGCUGUUUUCCUCUCGUGCAACCGGAGGAACUUUGGCGGACGCGGCGAGCUCCAACUCAGACAUGUCCGAGUUCCGAAAGGCCUUUUCCGAAGCCAAGCACAUCGCGAUCAUCACCGGGGCCGGCGUCAGCGCCGAGAGCGGCGUGCCGACGUUCCGGGGCGAACACGAGAAAUGGAGGAAAUGGCAGUCCCAAGACCUGGCUUCCCCGGAGGCGUUUUCCCGCUACCCGUCACGGGUCUGGGAGUUCUACCACCAUCGGCGAGAGCUGGCGUUGAGCAAGAAGCCCAACGCGGCGCACGUGGCCAUCGCCGAGUGCGAGGCCCGGCUGAAAAAGCAGGGCCGCCGAGUGGUGGUCAUCACGCAGUGCAUCGACGACCUUCACCAGCAGGCCGGCUCCAAGCACGUGCUCAGGAUUCACGGCAGCCUGACGGAGACGCGUUGUCUCAGUUGCGGCGACGUGGACGUCAACAAGCACAGCCCCAUCUGCGCGGCCCUCAAGAACAUGGGGUCACCUGACCCUAACGUGGCCGACGCUAACAUUCCAGUGGACAGGCUGCCAAGGUGUUCCGAAAGCGACUGCAACGGCCUGCUGAGGCCCAACGUGGUGUUUUUCGGGGAGACGCUGGACUCGCACCUCCUCACCAAGGUGGAAAAAGAGCUGGAAAUCUGCGAUCUUUGUCUGGUGGUGGGCACGUCAUCAAUCGUCUACCCGGCAGCCAUGUUCGGCCCGCAGGUGGCAUCCAGAGGCGUCCCGGUGGCGGAAUUUAACCUUCGAGCGACACCCAAGUCCGAGUACUUCACGUUCCAUUUCCAGGGUCCGUGCGGAACGACGCUGCCUGCCGCCUUGGCGCCGCACGAGUCCGAGGUCGUCUAAGGCGUCCGCCGGCCGGCGGCUUCGUCUACGGGGCAAAAUAAGGUCGUCGUCGUUGUUUUCUCCACCAAAUGUUUGCCUUCAAAGCAGUUAAGAUGGCCUGCGUGCGUACGAUGUAGCUUUUUCGAUCUAUUAAUACUUGAAUAUAGCGCUCGCAAUGUGGCAAUGGGAUAUUAUGUCGCUAUGCGCAUUGAUUGUUCCCAGUGAUUUUUUUUUUUUUUUCUUCAGUGGAACUUCCAAUUCGCCCCCCACGUCGUAAACAACAUCAAGCGAUUCUCGGCAUUAUCGAGCGUUCGGAUCUUGACAUUUAAACAAAGUGAAACUACUCAACGCGGGGCGGGAUGUUUUCGGGAAGGGUUUUUGCGGCGACUUCUCCCUGCGGUACUUUCGGGGGCUUUGGGGGUUCCGCUGUACGAUUUGCGCAUUUUGCAUCGUGGUGAGAGGCGGUGGGGUCGGUCAGAACGUAGCGAGCAGAUUUCGGCGAUGGAGGAGAAGGCGACGUCGCUGGCCAUGCCUUGACCAAAUGUUUGCUUUCAACUUUACAGAGCAACGAUGAGCUCACGUUACAGACAUUUUUUUUUUCCCCUCGGGCUCGCUGACAUCAGUGUGGCUGCGUAUCGUUUGUGUUUCAUUCAAUGAAUUUUCGCUAUUUGUAAUAACAGGGUCGUUUAUACGUUUGUCUAAAAAGGAUGCACACUUUCUUAUCACGUGCAGUACUGGAAUGGACACUUUCUUAUGUACAGUACUCAAAUUAUAUGGAUAGUCUAUCAAAGUAAGCAAUGCAAUGAUUCAGGAAGUUAUUAAAAAUAUCUUAAUAUGCA